GUGUGUUCUGAUCUUUUUACACCUUAAUUCUAGAAUGCAAAAACGUUGAUGUAUCUCUGGAGAGACUGACCACCUGCCAGAAACAUAUGGACAAUGUCCUUGACAAAACUGACUGUUCAUCUUUGGAAACCUUCAAAAACUGCCUGAAAGAAAAUGGCGUUCCUGGUUGUCCUGUUUUAGAAUCGGUGGUGAACGCUACAUACCCAGAACAUAUUUACGGUCCAGUUCAGAGAAUGUGUAACAAAACAGUCAUCCAGUCUCCAAGCGAGGACCAAUGUCAACAACUCUACCCACAAGGCUACACUGUCGUACAACAAUGUCUACAAAGUGUUCUGCACACAGCCUACCAUUUUAAACGAAACGAAAAACUGAAGAUUAAUGAUGUCCACUGCUGGCAAUACCAGCUGGCUGAAAGCUGCCUGGAGACGUCUCAGAUUGGCAAAUGCCAGUUCAUGUCGUCUUUCCAGCAACAGAUUGAGAAGAAAGAACAACAAUAUUUCCAGAAACUUCGGUCAUUUUGUCAGGAGAAGCGUAAGAAAUCCAAUGCCCUCACUAAUCUUAAUACUCCUAAUCUUAAUACUCACGGUAGCACUAACAAUAUUUCUAACCUUCAUUACAG